AUGAUGGUUCGGCGAGGGCUGAGUGCCUGGCUCCCUCGGAUGGUCGUUCUGCUUGUGGUGCUCUGCUCUGCCGUGUCCGUCCUCUACAUGUUGGCCUGUACGCCGAAGGGCAUCGAUGAGCAGCUUGCAUUCCCCAGGGCCAACAGCCCAACGGGAAAGGAGGGGUACCAGGCCAUUCUGCAGGAGCGGGAGGAGCAGCACCGCAAUUACAUCAACAGCCUCAAGAAGCAAAUUGCGCAGCUGAAGGACGAGCUACAGGAGCGGAGCGAGCAGCUGAAGAGCCUGCAGGACCAUGACACUGACUCGCUGGGCCCGGGGCUGGAGCGCAGCAACCCAGAGAAGACCCCCGCCGACCUGCUGGAGUUCCUGCGCUCCCAAAUCGACAGAGCUGAGGUGCACGCCGGCGCCAAGUUGCCCACGGAGUACGCGGCUGUGCCCUUCGAGAGCUUCACCCUGCAGAAGGUGUAUCAGCUGGAGACGGGGCUGACACGCCACCCCGAGGAGAAACCCGUGAGGAAGGACAAGCGGGACGAGCUGGCGGAGGCUAUUGAGUUGGCCCUGGAGACUUUAAACAGCCCAGACAGUGACAGCAACGCAAAUCAUCACAUGUACGCAGCCUCGGACUUCAUAGAAGGCAUGUACCGAACAGAAAAAGACAAAGGCACGUUGUAUGAGCUGACUUUCAAAGGAGACAGACCACACAAAUUCAGACGAAUCGCUUUAUUCAGACCAUUUGGUCCCAUCAUGAAAGUGAAGAAUGAGAACCUCAACAUGGCCAACACGCUCAUUAACAUUGUCGUUCCAUUAGCCAAGAGAGCCAGCAAGUUUCGACAAUUUAUGCAAAAUUUCAGGGAAAUGGGCAUUGAGCAGGAUGGGAGAAUUCACCUCACUGUAGUUUACUUUGGAAAAGAACAAAUGAACGAAGUGAAAGCAAUACUUGAAAAUACCUCCAGAUCAGCUAACUUCAAGAAUUUCACCUUUAUCCAGCUGAAUGAAGAAUUUUCGAGAGGGAAAGGAUUAGACAUAGGUGCUCGCAUUUGGAAAGGAAACAACGUCGUUCUCUUUUUUUGUGAUGUAGAUAUAUACUUCACUGCUGAAUUCCUGAACACCUGUAGAUUGAACACACAGCCAGGGAAGAAAGUAUUUUACCCAGUUCUUUUCAGCCAGUAUAACCCAGGUAUAAUUUAUGGGCACCAUGGUUCCAUCCCACCCUUAGAACAGCAGCUGGUUAUAAAAAAGGAAACUGGAUUCUGGAGAGACUUUGGCUUUGGAAUGACAUGUCAGUACAGGUCUGAUUUUAUCAACAUAGGUGGCUUUGAUCUGGACAUUAAAGGCUGGGGAGGAGAAGACGUUCAUCUCUACCGCAAAUACCUUCACAGCAACCUUAUCGUGGUCAGGACGCCUGUCCGGGGCCUCUUCCAUCUCUGGCAUGAAAAGCGCUGCCUGGAUGAGCUGAGCCCGGAGCAGUACAAGAUGUGCAUGCAAUCCAAAGCCAUGAAUGAGGCUUCUCACGGCCAGCUGGGGAUGCUCGUCUUCAGGCAUGAGAUUGAGGCUCACCUACGCAAACAGAAAACCAGCGGCAAAAAGACAUGA